AUGCCGCGGGCAUCCCCGCGCCCGCUCCGAGAGCCCCCGGACGACGGCGACGCCGCGGAGGCGGCGGCGGGACCCGCGUUCUCAUGGACUCCGCGGCCCGCGGCGGCCUGCGGGUCAGGCGGCGGCUCCAGCAGCGACGCCGAAAGCUGGGAGGGAAGAGACGCGGGGAGCGAGACGGCGGCUGGACCGUGCGACUGCUGCGGCGUCCGAGCGGUCCGGGCACCAGCGACGCCCCGCCCCGUGCCGCGGCUCCCGCCUCGAGCUCCCGGCGCGCACCGACGCCGGCUGCAACCCGAACCUCCAAGGACUCCGCCCUCUCCGGGCCCCGCCCUCGCGUCGCGUCGCGUCGCAGGAUCUGGAGGCCGCAGCGCGCCGGAAAUACGUCAUCUUAGAAGGAAAGAAUCCAACCUUAUACUUCAGAACAGGAAGUUCGCUACAAGAGAAAGUUUGUUCUCUUCAGACAACAAGUCCACCAGUGAGACUGCUGCAACCCAGUCAAAAGGAAACCAUCACUGUGCAUUUCUUUUUGCAUUAAGAUACCACUUUAUUUUUUAUUUAAUUAAAAAAGGAGUUAUUAACAAAACCGUAGGAUAGGUGAGGUACAACUCCAAACAAUUCCCACCACCAGAUCUCUACAUCCCCUCCCCUCCCCUGAUAACUUCCCUAUUCUUUAUCCCUCUGGGAGUAUGGACCCAAGGUCAUUGUGGGAUGCAGAAGGUGGAAGGUCUGGCUUCUGUAAUUGCUUCCCCACUGAACAUGGGCAUUGACUGGUUGAUCCAUAUUCCCAGUCUGCCUCUCUCUUUCCCUAGUAGGGUGGGUUUCUGGGGAAGCGGAGCUCCAGGACACAUUGGUGGGGUUCUCUGUCCAGGGAAGUCUGGUUGGCAUCAUGGUAGCAUCUGGAACCUGGUGGCUGAAAAGAGAGUUAACAUACAAAGCCAAACAAAUCGUUGAACUUAUCGCACCAAAGUAAAAGACUCUGGGGUGGGGGUGGAUGGGUGGGGAGAAUACAGGUCCAAGAAGGAUGACAGAAGACCUAGUGGGGGUUGUAUUGUUACAUGGGAAAUGGGGGAAUGUUAUGCAUGUACAAACUAUUGUAUUUACUGUUGAAUGUAAAACAUUAAUUCCCCAAUAAAGAAAAAAAUAGUUGAAUAAUUAUGGACCUAAAGGCUGGAAUAGUGCAGAUGAAGUGUUGUGGGGGUACUCACUGCAGACUGUUGUGUACUUUUGCUUUCAGGUAUAUAUUUUGCCCUAGUUUAUGGAUACAUGUGAACAUAUGCUUUAUCUCAGGGGACCUGGUCUAUAUCUAGGUUUUGGGACUUUGUUGGGAAGUGAACCACUUGGAUUAGAGAAUACUAUGAAAGGAAAGGUCUCACCCGAUUAAUGAAGCUGAAGGGUUGUCAUUCCACACCUGAAGUCUCUGGUCACAGUCUGAAGUGAAGCAUGUUGAGGUAGCACUUGUUGCGUUGAUUAGGUUGUGAUCCGCGGAUGCAAUAUUAUUUGAUAUGAAAUGAGAGCAGCAUGCAGAAAAAUGCGCCCAACCCUGAGGCUCCAGGACUGGGGGAAAUAUAGACUCUAUAAUGGAAAUCUGAGGUUCCUGCUGUCUUAGGGUUCAGGAGACAAUGGAUAGUUAUUGUUAUCAUCACAUUAUUUGGUAAUUGGGUUAACUUUGAAAAGUCCUUUUGUUAGUAUUUGCUGUAUAAUACCCAACAUCUUGUAUAUAGCUGUGCUACUGGUUGCUUCUGUUCUCCCUGGUCUAGGCUUUUGAGAGAGUUAAUAUAUCAAAGAACUGGAAGUAAUUAGGCGAUAUAGUAAGGUGUCAGGCUACAAAAUCAAUGUACAAAAAUCAGUGGCAUUUCUUUAUGCAAACACUAAAUCUGAAGAAGAAGACAUCCAGAAAUCACUCCCAUUCACUGUUGCAGCAAAAUCAAUAUAAUACCUAGGAAUAAAGCUGACUAAAGAAAUGAAA